GUGCACACAGAAAAAACGUUGCCACACCGCCCUUACCCCCAAGGUUUCUCUGCACUACACAGGUUCACCGAUUCUAGUCCAAAUAGUCAUGGCUGUUAUAGCUGCUGUAAUCGUGACAUAUUUUGAAGCCAUCCGGCUGCGGGAUUGGGCGAGUGAGGCGUAAGACAGUGUUAGAAAGGUCCGAGCUGCAUCCUUACAGGAACGAGCGGAAGAAGUCAAACGAGCCAGGCGCACCGCGGAGGAAGUAGCACAACAUACAGGCGCCUAGAAGAACGGGAAUGGGUGGUUGCGGAAGAUGGCCGCAGAGCAAACGAAGCGAAACUCUGUCGAGCGUAAAUGGUUCGAAGGUGUUCGCCUCGAGUAUCACCCUUCAGAACAAGAUAUCAGUCAAAUGAAGGUCAACUAUCACUACAGCCCGGGAUUCAUUCACAUUGCAGUUGUUGGCUCUGCAGGAGCGGGCAAGUCAUCCUUAUCAACGCCGUCUGUGGCUUGUCCAGAAAUGAUCCCAUGGCCGCUCGUACGGGAAUUGUCGAGACCGCUGAUACCGUCACGAGAUACCCUGAUCCAUCCCCGAACUCCCGGGUAUGACAUUCCCGGAUCAGGCACUGCAAAGGUGUCUGAUUGGCAGCACUUCAAUGACAUGGGCCUCUACAUCUUUGAUUGUGUCAUCGUGCUCAUAGACAAUCGUGUUCUGCAAUCUAACCUCGCCAUCCUCCGCGCCUGUGGGCAGUUCAAGAACAUUGAGGCGUACAUUGUUCACUUCAAGUCAGAUCAGUACAUCAACAACACGAUGUCACAAAGUUUCGACCUUUGUGAUCCCGACAGGGACGACGAAACACGUUCUCUUUUACUGCCAACGAGAUUAAAAGAACGACAGAGGUUCGUCGACGAAACGUGUGAAAUGUCCAAAUGGACCUUGAGAGGCACCCUACCACAACAUGCAACGCCUUGGCCUAGCCCCUAUCAAUCGUUCCCAACUGCUUCGAAUCACCAAUCAAGUGCACAUUAGUCUCACACCAUUGAAUGGCCCGAACCCUACCACAACAUGCCUAACCCCUAGCCCAAACUGCUUCGAAUCACCAGGAUCGGAUAAUACCCUGCUCGGCGUGUACAGGUUCAAGGACCCUUUGACGCUCUGAAAAUUUCGUCAGCAUCAAGGACGUCCU